CGCCGGCAGAGUCCGGGCCGAUGGGCAGCCCCGGGCAGCGGCGGGCGGCGAGGCGGCGGCCCCGGUAGGCGCCGCCGCGCGCUCGCGGGCUGCAGCAGGUCCCCGCGGACUGCGUCUCCGAGGUUCUUGCUCCUGGUCCUGUGAACUGAAACCUGCUAUUCUCCCUGUGAGGUGAAGGAAAUACUGAAGGCCAGAUGUCUUAAGGAAUGCUCUUGAAAAGGACAGAGACAUACAAAAUUAUUUCAGCAACUGAGAAGGAAGCUGGUUCUGGAGAAACCAUCCUCUGAGGAUGUUGUUUGCUUUUGGUUAAAAAGAGAAAGCACAACUGUAGAGGAAGCCUUUAUAUCUGCAUUUACAAUUGCAUUGUGGAUAAAGAUGUAAUUAGAUUCACCUCCAUCUUGCUGGUGAGACUUGGAGCUUCUUGGCUCGGCAGACAUGAGUGACCCAAGGCAGUCACAAGAAGAGAAGCACAAGCUUGGUAGAGCCUCAUCGAAGUUCAAAGAUCCUCCCAGAAUCAUGCAGUCUGAUGAUUAUUUUGCUCGAAAAUUUAAAGCCAUUAAUGGCAACAUGGGCCCUGCCACUUCUUUAACUGCCUCUAAUUCCACUGAGGGUGGUGGUCCAGCAAAUGGAACCCCAGCUGUGCCCAAGAUGGGUGUGAGAGCAAGAGUGUGUGAGUGGCCUCCCAAGAAGGACUGCUCCAAGGAGCUAGCCUGCAAGACGCUGUGGGAAAGCCGGUCUCAGACCAGUUACGAGAGUGUCACAUCCAUUACACACAAUGGGCAAAAUGACCAGAGCGAUGGUCAGCAAGAGGAACAGCUUGAUCUCGACUUCGUGGAGGCCAAGUACACCAUUGGAGACAUCUUUGUCCACUCCCCUCAGAGAGGACUGCACCCCAUUAGACAGAGAAGCAAUAGUGAUGUCACCAUCAGUGACAUCGACGCUGAAGAUGUCUUAGACCAAAACGCAGUGAACCCCAACACUGGGGCGGCGCUCCACCGGGAGUAUGGAAGCACGUCUUCCAUUGACCGGCAGGGUUUAUCUGGUGAGAACUUCUUUGCAAUGCUCAGAGGGUACCGAGUAGAGAAUUACGACCACAAAGCGAUGGCCCCUUUUGGGUUCCCUGAGUUUUUCCCCUGCGAUCCUGCGAUCUCUCCCAGCCUCCAUGCAGCAGCACAGAUUUCUAGAGGAGAAUUUGUCCGUCUCUCAGGAUUAGACUACAUGGACAGUGCCCUCCUAAUGGGGAGAGACAGGGAUAAACCUUUCAAACGGAGGUUAAAGUCAGAAUCAGUGGAAACGUCCCUGUUCCGGAAGCUGCGGACUGUUAAAAGUGAACAUGAGACUUUCAAGUUCACAUGCGACCCGGAAGACGGUCGUCUGGAGCGGGGUGUUCGCCCUUGGAAUUGCCAGCGGUGUUUUGCACAUUAUGAUGUCCAGAGCAUUUUGUUUAAUAUCAACGAAGCCAUGGCUACAAGGGCCAACGUGGGGAAGCGGAAAAACAUCACCACCGGGGCCUCGGCAGCAUCCCAGACUCAGAUGCCGGCAGGCCAGACGGGCAACUGUGAGUCCCCUUUGGGGAGCAAGGAGGAUCUCAACUCCAAGGAGAACCUGGAUGCUGAUGAGGGAGAUGGGAAGAGCAAUGAGCUCGUCCUGAGUUGUCCUUACUUUCGGAAUGAGACCGGCGGGGAAGGCGACAGGAGGAUCGCCCUUUCUCGGGCCAGUUCUUCAUCAUUCAGCUCCGGGGAAGGCUGCUCCUUUGAGUCCUCUCUGAGCUCCCACUGCACAAACGCAGGUGUCUCCGUCCUGGAAGUGCCCAGAGAGAACCAGCCCAUUCACAGGGAGAAGGUGAAGCGCUACAUCAUAGAGCACAUUGACCUUGGAGCCUACUAUUACCGCAAGUUCUUCUAUGGGAAAGAGCACCAGAACUACUUUGGAAUAGAUGAAAACCUUGGCCCCGUGGCAGUCAGCAUCCGGAGGGAGAAGGUGGAAGACGCCAAGGAGAAAGAGGGGUCCCAGUUCAACUACCGAGUAGCCUUCAGGACAAGUGAGCUUACCACCCUACGGGGAGCAAUUCUAGAAGAUGCCAUACCCUCCACUGCCAGGCAUGGAACCGCGCGGGGACUACCUCUCAAAGAAGUUCUGGAGUACGUCAUUCCAGAGCUGAGCAUUCAGUGCCUGAGACAGGCUUCCAGUUCACCCAAAGUCUCGGAGCAGCUUCUCAAGCUUGAUGAACAAGGGCUGAGCUUUCAGCACAAGAUCGGGAUCCUUUAUUGCAAAGCAGGCCAGAGCACAGAGGAGGAGAUGUAUAACAAUGAGACGGCGGGACCAGCUUUUGAAGAAUUCCUUGAUCUUCUGGGCCAGCGAGUCCGGCUGAAAGGAUUUACCAAAUACCGAGCUCAGCUAGACAAUAAAACUGAUUCUACAGGAACUCACUCCCUCUACACCACAUACAAAGACUAUGAAGUCAUGUUCCACGUGUCCACCAUGCUUCCCUACAUGCCCAACAACAGGCAGCAGCUUCUGAGGAAAAGGCAUAUUGGAAAUGACAUUGUGACCAUUGUCUUCCAAGAGCCUGGAGCACUUCCUUUUACUCCAAGAAGCAUCCGAUCCCACUUCCAGCACGUCUUUGUCAUAGUCAGAGUACACAAUCCAUGCACCGAAAACGUGUGUUACAGUGUUGGAGUUUCUAGAUCAAAAGAUGUGCCACCUUUUGGUCCACCAAUUCCCAAAGGAGUAACUUUUCCAAAGUCAGCAGUAUUUCGGGACUUCCUUUUAGCCAAAGUAAUCAAUGCAGAAAACGCAGCCCAUAAAUCAGAAAAGUUUCGAGCGAUGGCCACUCGAACAAGGCAAGAGUACUUGAAGGAUCUGGCGGAGAACUUUGUCACGACCGCCACUGUGGAUACCUCUGUGAAAUUCAGCUUCAUUACACUGGGUGCAAAGAAAAAGGAGAAAGUAAAGCCAAGGAAGGAUGCCCAUCUGUUCAGUGUCGGAGCAAUCAUGUGGCAUGUAAUAGCUCGGGACUUUGGCCAGUCUGCUGACAUUGAAUGUCUUCUUGGGAUUUCCAAUGAAUUCAUAAUGUUGAUUGAAAAGGAUUCCAAGAACGUUGUAUUUAACUGUUCCUGCAGGGACGUCAUUGGGUGGACAUCUGGAUUAAUGAGUAUCAAAGUGUUUUACGAAAGAGGGGAAUGUAUCCUUUUGUCCUCAGUGGAUAACUGUGCCGAAGACAUCAGGGAAAUUGUCCAGCGAUUAGGAAUAGUAACGAGAGGCUGCGAGACCGUGGAAAUGACCCUGAGGAGGAACGGGCUGGGCCAGCUUGGCUUCCAUGUCAAUUUUGAAGGCAUUGUUGCCGAUGUGGAACCUUUUGGCUUUGCCUGGAAGGCUGGCCUCCGCCAAGGGAGCCGCCUCGUGGAGAUCUGCAAAGUGGCUGUGGCCACCCUGACCCAUGAGCAGAUGAUUGACCUGCUCCGAACUUCCGUGACUGUGAAGGUGGUCAUUAUCCAGCCCCACGAUGAUGGCUCACCCCGGAGAGGGUGUUCAGAGCUCUGUCGCAUCCCCAUGGUGGAGUACAAACUGGACAGUGAAGGCACCCCGUGCGAGUACAAAACCCCCUUCCGGAGGAAUACCACAUGGCACCGCGUGCCCACCCCGGCCCUGCAGCCCCUGUCCCGGGCCUCCCCUGUGCCCGGCACGCCCGACCGACUGCAGUGCCAGCAGCUGCUCCAGCAGGCCCAGGCUGCCAUCCCUCGAAGCACCUCCUUCGACCGGAAGCUGCCCGAUGGCACGAGUCAACAUUUCAGAAGUUCACCCAGCAACCAGUCAUCCUCCAGUGACCCUGGGCCUGGCGGCAGCGGACCCUGGAGACCUCAAACAACAUAUGACGGGUGCCAGUCUCCUCUGCUGCUCGAGCACCAGGGCACGGGCCCUUUGGAGUGUGAAGGAGCCAGGGAACGGGAGGACACGCUGGAAGGAAGCAGGCACCUGGAAACCAAAUGGCAUGGCCCACCUUCCAAAGUCCUGAGCUCCUAUAAAGAAAGAGCGCUGCAGAAAGAUGGAAGUUGCAAAGACUCCCCCAAUAAGCUUUCCCAUAUCGGAGACAAAAGCUGCUCCAGUCACUCCAGCAGCAACACACUCUCCAGUAACACGUCCAGCAACAGCGACGACAAGCACUUCGGGUCUGGGGACCUGAUGGACCCGGAGCUGCUGGGGCUGACCUACAUCAAAGGGGCCUCCACCGACAGCGGCAUCGACACGGCGCCCUGCAUGCCCGCCGCCGUCCUGGGCGCCGUGCACCUGCCGGGCGGCCGGGCGGUGAUGCACAGCCGCGCCGAGCAGUGGGCCGACUCCGCCGACGUGGCAGGGCCCGACGACGAGCAGGCGAAGAUGUACGCGGUGCACAGCUACGCACCCCCCAUCUCGGCCGGCAGCGCGGCCGACGGCAGCAUGGGUGACCUCAGCGAGAUCUCGUCCCAUUCCAGCGGUUCACACCAUUCAGGAAGCCCCUCAGCUCACUGUUCCAAAAAUAGUGGGUCCCUGGAUACGUCCAAAGUCUACAUCGUGUCUCACAGUAGUGCCCAACAGGUCCCUGGGUCUGUGUCCAAGCCCUACCACCGGCAGGGAGCCGUGAGCAAGUAUGUCAUCGGCUGGAAGAAAUCAGAGGACAGCCCACCGCCAGAGGAGCCUGAAGUGACCGAGUGUCAGGGGCUAUAUGGUGAGAUGGAUCUCCUGUCCACAGCAGCUCAGCACCAGACCGUGGUGGGGGAUGCAGCCUCAGAAACUCAGCAUGUGCUGUCCAAAGAAGAUUUCCUGAAGCUGAUGCUUCCUGACAGUCCCUUAGUGGAGGAGGGACGAAGAAAGUUUUCAUUCUAUGGGAACCUAUCUCCGAGACGGUCACUCUAUCGCACCCUCUCUGAUGAGAGCAUAUGCAGCAAUCGGAGAGGCUCUUCCUUUGGCAGUUCUCGAAGUUCAAUACUGGACCAAGCCCUGCCCAACGACAUCCUGUUCAGCACCACCCCGCCCUACCACAGCACACUGCCCCCUCGGACCCACCCAGCCCCCAGCAUGGGGAGCCUGAGAAAUGGCCACAUAUCAUGGAAUCUCCAGCAGCUCAAGAAUCAUCGGAGCAUCCCAGGACUGCCAGUACUCCCUUGGUGUGGGGAGGGUGGCUCUUGGAGCACACAACUGCUGGAGGCGCAUGCGGAUUGGGGACAGGGAUGUUAGCCUAGUGCCCCUUUCAGUUUGCAUUCUGCCCCUCUUUUCACCUGGCUCCUGUGAGAGCCGGGAAGGAUGGUGUUGUCUUGUGGGGGCCAGGAACAAGGUAGACUGCACAGGCAAGCAUGCCUUUGGCUUGAUUUUAGGCUUUAUGAUGCCAGAAGCUCAGGUGAAGGAUUGUCUAAAAAGGCAAAGAAAAUCCUCAAGUUUGCAUUUCUUAGUAAAGCAUGACUGUCAGAGUAUACUUUCUAUAGAAAUGUUCAUUUAGCUGAAUAAUUCUCCAGUCCCAGCUGUGUUCUUCUCCAGGGAGGGAAGGAGAGGCAGAGGAAGCAGGUGAGUGCCCCGGGGCACAUAGGUUAUAGCCUGCCUGAUGCACCCUCUACGGGACUGCCACUCUCUUCACCUUAUUGGGUCACACGGAAAUCAGUAACAAAUACACCUGCCACCCAGUCAAAUAAUCCCUGUAUGCUGAGUGGAAAACCUGCUUUAAGCAAAGCAGCCAGUGUGUUUGAAAGACAAGAGAAGUGAUAGCAGAUCCCUGGGCUUCCUGACCUUUCUGCCUGGAGGUUGAACCCUAAACUUCUGAUUGAAGCCCUGAGGCUUGGGAGGGGCUUCAGCCCAACUCUGCUCAGCUCCUUCCUCCCUGGGUCAGGAGAGCAUGGCACUCCUGGCUGGCACUCCAGCUUUGCUCCUUUUGUAGUUCCUUGUUUCCCCCGUGGCCUGGACGAGGACUGAACAUGUAGACCACGUACAAAUGGUUCUUGUUUCAAAGAAGAUGAGCCUGUGGCAAGGGAGCAUGGCAGGAACGGUGCAGACAGAGCAUCCGUAACUGGAUUCCCUUCACAGUGGGGGCCAGGACUAAGUUGGUUUUGUAUUACCAUGGCUAAAUGUGGUAGUGCUGAAAAUAGCACGAUUGGGUGGGUUUAGCAGCACCGUGUAGAGGAAGGCUGAGAGCUGCCCGUGAAGGUACCAAGCAGGUGGAAGACCGUUAGUGCCCUUCAGAGUCAAGGUCAAACACCACUGCUUGCUCUCCCUCCAGAUGCCAGCAUUUCACAGCUACCCCAAAGGGUGUGGGAACAAAAAUUGCAGGUGCCUUGGGUUAAUUAUGCCCCUUACUUAACUUAAUUGCAGGCUCAGCCAGCCAGGUGGUCAUUAUUUUGAUUGGUCUCAUUAGGCAGAUGUGUUCACAAGCAGCUGCUUGUGACGUUUUGGGCAGGUUCAGAAAAAGAUAUGUCAGAGAAAGUCCAGUUGAAGCCUUUGAAAAAUUUGUCCUCAGAUGUGUAGUGAGUUCUAACGAGUUUUAUCAAUGGCAUAAACACUUCAAGUCCCGUGAUGACAGGUGAAAAAAAAAACCUAAAAGGUCAGUUCAUACAGACAAAGGACAGACAAAAUUCCAUGGUGGACGACGAGGUGUUUCUGGUUUAGUUGGUGAUCAAGCUGGCUCAGUGAGGCGGCACAGCAGUCCAACCACCGUAUUUGGGCAUAGCAUGAGAAAAGACUGUGUCUUCUCUUGCCUGUUAAUGAAGGCAAAGUUAGCCCUUCUGCAUUUUUAUAAUAAACUGAUAACGGGCAUCUUGAACGUGUGGUGCUCAGGAAGCUUUUUAAACCAUCAGGCUAGAGAGAGACUGUACCAAAUCUUGUGUUCAGUAGAAGUUUGCAGCACUUGAAAGGGGGAAGUAAUGCCUACAGAAAACAGGAAUCGAUCCUGCAGCUAGUCCAACUCGGAUGGAUGUCCCCACGAGAAGCCUGCCCUGGAAGGAAACUGUCAGAUUUCAAUACUGUACCAUCCAGCUAGUCCGUUCUGGAAUCUCUUCCAUCUCAGUGUGGCCAACCUCUAAAGGAGUCAGUAGGUCGUGCUUCUCUACAGACCUCUGUCUUUCCAGCCAUGUGUCUUUUGGAUAACUGCACCAUGCUAUCCCCUUUCUCACUGGGGGCAGAGGGUCUGCUGGAAGAAGUCCCUGGCCCCUCGGAGGGGCUGCCUGUGCCCUGCACUACCAUCCAACUGACACUCCUGUUUUGUUUCUGUUCAGAUGAG